CCGAGCCUGCACUCACUUCUUUCCUUUUUCUGAAUUUGAACCGUCGGACCCACCGUCUAGCAGUCCACUCGUGAGGCCUGGGGCGAUGGACCCGUUCACUGAGAAGUUGCUAGAACGAACACGUGCCAGACGAGAGAAUCUUCAGAGAAAAAUGGCUGAGAGGCCUACGGCAGCAGCAAGGUCUGCACCGCAUGCGAAGCGAGGCAGAGAACCACUUUCAGAAGCAAGUAAUCAGCAACAGCCCCUAUCAGGGGGCGAAGAAAAGUCUUGUACAAAACCAUCACCAUCAAAAAAACGUUGUUCUGACAAAAUUGAAGUGGAAGCUCCGGACUUAGAAAAUAAAGAGCCUGCCGAUGCUCCACAGCCUUAUUCUCCAAGGCCUGCACCCCGACAGACGAAGCCCCCAGCACCAGCCCCUGCCAGUGAUUCUGUGGCUGCCCCAGCACCACCACUCCUCAGCCUGGGCAGAGGGCUGAACUCAAGACCAGAAGCAUCUACAGCCUCCUCAGUUAAAACUCGAAUGCAAAAGCUAGCUGAGCAGCGGCGCCGUUGGGAUAGUGACGUCACAGAUGAUGUAUCAGGAAGCUCAUGCUUCUCACCAGUGCCAUCUGAGGAAAAGGCUGCCUCACCUUCCAAGCCACCCGUUUCAAAUGCCUUAGCUACCCCAGUUGGGAGAAGGGGCCGUCUAGCCAACCUUGCUGCAACGAUUUGCUCCUGGGAAGAUGAUGUAAGCCACUCAUCUGCAAAGCAAAAUAGUGUACAAGAACAGCCUGGUACCACUUGUUUAUCCAAAUCUUCCUCUGCAAGUGGAGCAUCUGCUAGUAUCAAUAGUAGCAGUGUUCAGCAGGAAGCCACAUACUGUUCUCAAAGGGAUGGCAAUGCCUCUGUCAGGAAAGACCCAUCUUCAAAUGCUGCUGAUGGAUCUUUGCUUAAAGCCUCAGUGUCCAGCUCUGUGAAAGCAUCUUCCCCUGUGAAAUCUGCUACAUUCAUCACUAAAAACUGUGAGGUACAAAAUCCUGAGCUACUUCACAAAACUGUUAGUCCUCUGAAAACAGAGUCAUUGAAACCAUGUGAGAAGCCAACUUUAUCCCAGGCAGUUCAGCCCAAAGAGGAAGCUAACAGAGAAGUUUGUCUACCGUCACAGUCCCAGGACAAACUUGCAACACCAGGAGGAAAAGGAAUUAAGCCUUUCCUGGAACGCUUUGGAGAGCGUUGUCAAGAACACAGUAAAGAAAGUCCAACUUAUAGAGCAUCUCAUAGAACCCCAAAUAUCACUCCAAAUACAAAAGCCAUCCAGGAAAGAUUAUUCAAGCAAAAUACAUGCUCAUCCACUACCCACUUAGCACAGCAGCUCAAACAGGAACGUGAAAAAGAAUUGGCAUGUCUUCGUGGUCGAUUUGACAAAGGCAAUUUAUGGAGUGCAGAAAAGGAUGAAAAGUCAAGAAGCAAACAGCUAGAAACCAAACAGGAAGUUCACUGUCAGAGCACUCCCCUCAAGAAACAUCAAAUUGUCUCAAGCACCCCACCAAUUUCUGUAACAGAAAAGGUGGCUGACAAUGAAACAGCAGUGAAGAUUUCUAGUACAGAGCCUGCAGGCUCCACUGAAAGCAAAAUGACAAAGUCCAGCCCUUUGAAAAUAACAUUGUUUUUAGAAGAGGAAAAAUCCUUAAAAGUAGCGUCAGACCCGGAGGUUGAACAGAAGACUGAAGUAGUACGUGAAGUUGAGAUGAGUGUGGACGACGAGGAUAUCAAUAGCUCCAGAGUCAUUAACGACAUCUUCAGUGAUGUCCUGGAGGAAGGGGCACUGGAUGUGGAAAGGAGCCAAGAGGAGAUGGACCAAGUGGGGGCAGAAAACAGUGAGGAGCAGGAAGAUGCCCUGAACAUCUCCUCAAUGUCUUUACUUGCUCCACUAGCUCAGACUGUCGGUGUGGUGGAUCUAGAGAAUGUAAUUGCUUCACCUAAAUCGGAAUUGAGAGACACGAGCCUAAGUGCCGAAAGUCCUAAACCAGGAAAAUUCCAGAGAACCCGUGUCCCUCGAGCCGAAUCUGGUGAUAGCCUCAGUUCUGAGGACAGGGACCUUCUUUAUAGCAUUGAUGCAUAUAGGUCUCAAAGAUUCAAGGAAACAGAACGCCCUUCCAUAAAGCAAGUGAUUGUUCGAAAGGAAGAUGUUACUUCAAAAUUGGGUGAAAAGAAUAAUGUCUUUUCUGGUCAAGUUAAUAUCAAACAAAAAAUGCAGGAGCUCAAUAAUGACAUAAAUUUGCAGCAGACAGUGAUCUAUCAGGCCAGUCAGGCUCUCAACUGCUGUGUUGAUGAAGAACAUGGGAAAGGAUCCCUGGAAGAAGCUGAAGCGGAAAGACUUCUUCUGAUUGCAACUGAGAAAAGAACACUUCUGAUUGAUGAACUGAAUAAGCUGAAGAGUGAAGGACCUCAGAGGAGAAACAAGGCCGGUGUCAUAUCCCAGAGUGAAUUUGUCCCAUCUAAAGGGUCAGUCACUUUGUCAGAAAUCUGCUUGCCUCUGAAGGCAGAUUUUGUCUGCAGCACUGCACAAAAACCAGAUGCAGCCAACUACUACUACUUGAUUAUGUUAAAAGCUGGGGCUGAGCAGAUGGUGGCCACCCCGCUAGCGAGUACUGCCAGCUCUCUCAGUGGUGAUGCGCUGACGUUUCCCACUACAUUCACUCUGCAUGAUGUUUCCAAUGACUUCGAAAUAAAUGUUGAAGUUUACAGCCUGGUGCAAAAGAAAGAUUCCUCAGGCCCCGAUAAGAAGAAGAAAGCAUCCAAGUCCAAGGCUAUUACUCCAAAGAGACUCCUCACAUCUAUAACUUCAAAAAGCAGCCUUCAUUCUUCAGUUAUGGCCAGUCCAGGAGGUCUCAGUGCUGUGCGCACCAGCAACUUUACCCUAGUUGGAUCUCACACACUGUCGUUAUCUUCUGUUGGAGACACCAAGUUUGCUUUGGACAAGGUACCUUUUUUAUCUCCAUUGGAAGGUCACAUCUGUUUAAAAAUAAGCUGUCAAGUGAAUUCAACUGUUGAGGAGAAAGGUUUUCUUACCAUAUUUGAAGAUGUUAGUGGCUUUGGUGCCUGGCAUCGAAGGUGGUGUGUUCUCUCUGGCAACUGUAUCUCUUACUGGACUUACCCAGAUGAUGAGAGGCGAAAGAAUCCCAUAGGAAGGAUAAAUCUGGCCAAUUGUAUCAGUCAUCAGAUAGAACCAGCCAACAGAGAAUUUUGUGCAAGACGUAACACUCUGGAAUUAAUUACUGUCCGACCACAAAGAGAAGAUGACCGAGAGACUCUUGUCAGUCAAUGCAGGGACACCCUCUGUGUCACCAAGAACUGGCUCUCUGCCGAUACUAAAGAAGAACGGGAUCUCUGGAUGCAGAAGCUCAACCAGGUUAUUGUUGAUGUUCGCCUCUGGCAGCCUGAUGCAUGCUACAAGCCUGUGGGAAAGCCUUAAACCAAGGGGGCUGCUAUACCAUGCCAGACUUUGCUAGCUGUGUCAAAAGUGUCUUAAGAAGACAUAGUUAGGAGCACCAGAUUUGCAAGUUGUAUUUUAUGCUUUAAAUAUAAAAGGGUAUGUGCAAAUAUUCACUACAUAUUAUGCAGUAUUUAUAUCUUUCCUAUGUAAAACUUCACCCAGUUUGUCUUGGAUUCAUACGUGUUUGACAGUAUAACUAUUCAUGAGAAUUGAUAUUCAUGCUAAAUAUAACAUUAAGAGCCUCAGUUGUAGAA